GGAAACUGUAAUUGAGUCCCAAAGGGAACGCAUUGAGGAACUAGGCCGUGCCAAAGAGAUGCUUGUGAGUCAGCUAAGAAAGAAAGAGAAGGAAAUUGAAGAAUCCGUCCUACGGCUGAAAGAGCGAGAAACAACAAGCCAAAGGCUAAACAUUCAGGACAAUGUGGAAAUGAUCAAGGUCCGUAAACAACUGUUUGAGAAAAGCAAUGCUCUUUCAGCAAUGGAAGGAAAAUUUCUCCAGCUUCAAGAGAACCAAAAAAACUUAAAGACCAGCCAUGAUGCUUUAAUAGCAAAAGGUGAUGAACUGAAUCUACAGCUUAAAGAGGAGCGGUUAAAGUGUGUCCAUCUCGAGAAAGAACUGCAAACAGCAACUAUUUCAAACCAAAGGACAGAGGAGUUACAGGAAAGAAUAAAUGAUCUAGAAAAAGAGAAGGAACUCUUGAGGGAAAACUAUGAUCAGCUGUAUAACAGUGUCUUCAGUAUGACCCAUGGACAGCAAUGGAAAUUAAAGGAACAGCAACUGAAACUGCAAAUUGCUAAACUAGAGACUGCUAUCAAAUCUGAUUUAGUAGACAAAAAUGAAAUCCUUGACAAGAUCAAAGUAGAAAGAGACCAAAAGGAAAAGCUGAUGCAAGAGAACAAAGACCUGCAGUUAUGCUGCCUGGAACAUAAGCAACAACUAGAUGAACUGAAAAAUCACAUGAAGCUUUUGACCAAGGAAAAUUAUAUUGAUGUGACAGAACUCAGUGAAGCCCUCUCACUUAUAAAGGUUCGAAAGCAGCAGAAGAAUGGGGACCUUAUGUUUUUGGAAAAAGUAGAAGAUGAUAUCCAUAAGAAUUUAGAACGCUCCAUGCGCGAGCUGCAAUUAGCACAUGAGGAAACAGUGCAAGAACUUGAAAAGACAAGGAGUAUGUUAAUUUUGCAGCACAAAAUUAACAAAGAUUACCAGACUGAACUAGAAACAGUGACACAAAAGAUGGAAAGUCUACAGAAAGACUAUGAGUUACAACUGGAACACUCUGUCCACCUUCUUGAUAUUAGAGCUACACGCAUCAGAAAACUAGAAGCCCAACUAAGAGAUACUGUCUAUGGCACAAAACGACCUAAGUCCAGACCAGAAAUAUUGACGGGUGAUCCAGUGGAUGAAUUAAAUGAACCUUUACGUAUAGAAAGAGGAGAGAACCUUUUUGAAAUUCAUAUUAGCAAAGUGAUCUUCUCUUCUGGAGCCCUGCAUGCUUUUGGUGACCAUGAACCUGCAACUUUUUGUACUUAUGGAUUCUAUGAUUUUGAACUUCAGAUAACCCCAGUAGUUUAUGGACAUACCCCAUCGUAUGACUUCACUUCUCAGUAUCUUGUGCAGGCUGAUGACUGCUUCUUGCACUAUAUACAGCGAAACAGUAUCACACUUGAGGUUCAUUGUUCAUAUGGCACAGAUUAUGAAACAGUUGCUACAUGUCAGCUGAAGUUCCAUGAAGUCUUGGAAAACAAUGGGAAGAUCUAUGGCACAGCAAGUUUAGUUGGAAUCAAAGGAAACAUUGAAAAUUAUGGUACCCUAGAAUACUGGAUCAGGUUACAAGUUCCUGUGGAUCAAGGUAUUAGUCUCUACAAAGAGAGGUCAAAGGCUCUGGGUUAUAUAACAUCCAAUUUUAGGGAACGUGAACAACCAUCCCAGCAACAGAUACUGAGAACUGCCCAAGUCAGCACUUCAACAGAUGGCAAUUUAAAUGAACUCCACGUUACAAUAAAAUGUUGUAACAAUCUACAGUCCCAAAAAAAACAUCUUCAGCCAAAUCCUUAUGUUGUCUACAAGUUUUUUGAUUUUGCAGACCAUGAUACUCCCAUCAUCCCUAGCAGCAACAACCCACAAAUAGAUGACCAUAUGUAUUUCCAAGUGCCAAUGAAUGCAGAUUUAGACCGAUACCUAAAAUUAGAAUCCUUAACCUUUUAUGUAUUUGACGAUGCUGAAACGGAAGAAGGUGCUUAUGUAGGGUUUUUUGCCAGUGUGCCUCUUAUUUCUUUAGCACAAAACAGAUCUAUCUCAGGUACUUUUGAAAUAACAAAUUCUGAAAGACAUACUAUGGGUACCAUCACAGUUCAGUUAGAGUGGAAGUUUGUCUACCUACCACCAAGUGGAUCAACAAUGGCUGCAGACUUAGUGAAUUACACUCAAAAUAAGAAAUCAAUGGCAACUAAAUUACUAGCAGAGGAAAAAACCCAAGCUCCAGCCCGGUCUCCUUUGACUUCAUCAGUGACUAAACCAACACCCAAACAAAGGCAGCGUGAAACUCAAACAAAGAAGAAAUUAUCUUUUCUGGGUCUUAGUACAAUACAGAUGGCAGACUCUGUUGUUGAAAAUGACAUAGAACUUGCACAGACGAUGAAGGCUUCAAAAGUUCCAAGUGUUUCAGAGCAUGUGGUACAUAAGGUUAAACAAGAAAGACUAGCAAAUGAUAAGGUGAAGGAGAUGGCUGAAGAAAUUCAACAGGAAAAAGAAGACCUCUCAAAUUUACCAGAGAAGCCGUUGACUGACCUAAGCUCAGUUACCUCUGGAGAUAAGACAGAAAUAACUGAAGAAUUGGAACCGGAAGAUAAAGAUAGUAGACAAGAAAAUGAUGCCGUUGAGUCAAUAAUAACUGACAGUGAUGACUGUAUUGUUUCAAGUUCAGUAUCCAAGAAUAUUAAACUG